AUGGCAGAUGACCCCACUAUUAAUGGUUUAGAACUUCAACUUAACGCUGCAGAAGAGCAUGCGACAGCUUUAACAGAAGAGGCUUUACAGAAUCAGGACUUGCACUAUAAGGAAGUUGUGGAGCAGCUUAAACGCAGCGUAGAGCAGCUGGUUGAAGACAACGAGUCCCUUUUUACCGCUGUUGACCUACCUCCAGAGGUUGACCCCACAUGUAUAUCGGGCAGAAUACUUGAUCUCGCUCAACUAACCCAACAACUCAAGAGCACACAUCUACAGCAGGAGACACUUGAUAACUUCUUGCGCUAUACAAUUUCGUCUACGGACAUCUUGCAACUAGAGUCAGAAAGCGAUGAGCGCUACGCAUCAGUAUCAAGAGCUGUGAGCCAACUUCAAGAUAAUGAUAUUAUACAGCUGGACUCUGAGGUGGACCAGAUCAAACAGGAUAUAAGGAAAGCUGGACAAACAAUUGCAGACCAGCGUGAAGCACUAAAUGAGCUAUGCCUCGAAACAGGUAACCUUGCGGAUGAAUGUCACACAUUGUUGAGCGAGCUAGAGGAAGCCACGCGUACUCGAGAAAUGGUCGAAAAGCAGGCGGCUGUUGAGGUCACUAACGACCAUCCUGUAGAAGAGAUGUAUGCAAGCUGGCAGUCGCUAAAGGAAGAACUUCAACAAGAGUCUCAUCUUCGUCGGCAUUUAAAUCAACUCAAGCAGUCUAAAGCAUCAUUGGAAGCCAUUUUGGGUACUAAAAACGGAAAUGAACACAAAGAUACCAACGUCAUGCAGGAAUAUGCAUCUUAUGAUGCCUUUAUUAGGUUUUGGAUUAGUAAAUUUACCAACAAGGAGAUGGAAAACCUAGAAGUAUUUCCAAGGUCAAACAAGUUUCAGUUUACUCAUAGAGGAACCGACGUGGUUAUCUCAUUGGGACCUCGCGGAAUCUCCCGUGUUGAGCUUUAUGGAAAAGGAAUUCCCCUUGAAAAAAUAGCAGCCGCCAGAAAAGAUGUAAACGAAGAAGCUAGUAGGGGAGAGGAGCUCUACAUGUCUAUCAACCGGAUUAUAGAUAAAAUUAAGGAACACACAACAGUUUCAUGA